CCCGGAACUGAUAAGACUCACUUCCUGUAGUUUCGAUCUCCGGUAGCUAGCUAGUACCAGCGUGACUUUUAUUAGUUUGAUCUCAUAGGAACAAACGGGAACGAACCGAGCUCAGCUAAUGUUAGCCAGUUAGCAAUAGCAGUAGUUAGCGGCCGCGUUUAGCGGGACAGGCGGCGGCUGUUAGCGGACAAGAUGAGCUCUGCUGCGGCCCUGCACACUCAGCUGGCCACCGUCAUGGAGUCUCUGGUUCAUGCUGCGGUGGCGGAGCUUAAGAAGCUGGUGGAGGGCAGCUCGGCCUUUCUACUUAGCCUGGAGGUCCGCAGUGGCAGGUCCGAGAGGGGCGCCGAAGAAGAGCCACCUCUGUUGGCCAAACUGCAGGCCGACAGCCGAGAGAAGAUGGUGCAGUUUGCUUCCAUCAUGGAGACCCUCGGGAACGAGGCUUUGGGGAAGAUCAUGAACAUCGUGGGUGAAGCCAAACUGCUGGAGGAACUGGAGUCCGGGAGGGGUGGCAAGAGACCACAGACAAGCAUCCUCAACGUUCUCAACAACCCGCGUGUCGAAGUCGAACACUCUUACGGAGUACGACUGGAGAGCUCCGACACACACAGAUCGACUCAGACCAAAUCAGAGGAACCAGAUGGAAAUGAAAAUCAGUUUGUGUUGGCAGUCACUGUUAAAGACGAACACGGCAACAUCGACCUCGGUGCCAUCGCCGAGAGAGCUGAAGUUGAAGCUGCACAGCCGGUGACCUCUGACCUCCAGCUGCAGCAGAAAGUUUCCAGUUCACCAGACUUUGUUUUGCAGAGCGUCACGUGGAAAUACUUCAUGUGCACGUCAUGUGGUAAAUCUUUCACAUCUCAGAGCAACCUGAAGUCUCAUUAUCGCAUCCACACUGGCGAGAAGCCGUUUUCCUGCAGCGUCUGUGGACGAGCUUUCCGUCAGAGGCAGAGUCUGCAGAGUCAUGUGAGGACACACACUGGCGAGAGGCCACACGAGUGUCCUCAGUGCGGCAAGUGUUUCUCCAAGCAGACGCAACUCAAAACUCAUUCCAUCAUCCACACUGGGGAGAAGCCAUACGGCUGCGAUGUGUGCGGCCGCCGCUUCAACCUGCUGCAGAACCUGAACCGACAUGCACACACCCACACCGGCAAGAAGAUCUUUGUCUGCGGCAUCUGCGGUAAAGGCUUCACACGUGCCGUCACACUCAAAACACAUAAGCUCAUCCACACCGGACAGAAACCCUUCAAAUGUGAGCAGUGCCCCAAAACCUUCCGCCAUGCCGUCAACCUCAAGAACCAUCAGAGGAUUCACAGCGGCGUGCGGCCGUUCAGCUGCGACCUCUGCGGGAAGACCUUCCGCCAGUCUGUGAACUUGAAGAUUCACCGGAGGAUCCACACUGGCGAGCGUCCGUUCAGCUGCCAGGAGUGCGGCAAAACGUUCAGCCAGCAGAGCAGCCUGAUCUCUCACGGCCGCACGCAUUCGAAAGAGCGUCCAUUCGCCUGCAGCUCCUGCGACAAGAAGUUCAACAACGCCAACAGUCUGAAGCUGCACCUGCGCGUCCACACCGGAGAGAAGCCGUACACCUGUGACAUCUGUGGGAAGAGCUUCAGCCAGGGCAGCCACCUGAGGACGCACAAGAGACACGUCCACGCUGGCGGUAAGCAGUACAUCUGUGACAAGUGUGGGAAGAGAUACUCGGAUCAACGCAACCUGAAGCUGCACAAGUGCAGCUAUGCAUGAAUGUAACCUCACAGCCCGGAGUCGUGUUUCAGCUGACGCGUUUGGAGUAAAAUUUACAGUUUCAUCAAUGGAGUUUGGAACACUCAUAUGAAAGCACAGCAUAUGAAAACAUUCUUAAUGUUUUGUUCAAAGUAGGAUAAUGGAAUUGUUGAGAGAGACGGUGGGUGUCAGACAGGAAGUACACCUGUUUGAGCCAAUCAGAACUAAUAUGUGUUGAAGUAAGAGGUUCAGAAAUGUAAGCACUACAUUACCCAUGAACCCGGUUUCCAUUGCAAGGGAGACAAGGCAGUCUAGAACUGUCAUCACAAUUGCAUCAUGGGUUAAUUGAUUCAAAUUUCUUACUUUAUCUGGCGAGUCCAACAAAUAUAAACUAGUUAGAGGAACUAAGUCUGUAGCUCUGCGUUCUGAUUGGUGAAAACCGUGACUUUAAGUUAUUGUAAUUCUGUUGGAAAUUGUCACAUUUUCAUUGUCCCAUUUUACAAUUUAAUAAUGAUAUUUUUCAUUUGUUUGUAAAAUAAACAAUAAAAAGACUCUAAAUGAAGAUC